GCAGUUGCAGGUUGACGAGUCUCUGACAAGGUACAUGCAACAGUAUUCCCAUUGAUCUCCAGUCCAGCUGGUGUAAUCAGGUUAAGGGCAAGCAGACAUCACCUAGCCAUCAUGUCAGGUGGUUUAAGUGUGGAAGAGCCUGAAACUGAGAUUCUUGAAAUCUAUGGAGAUGGAGGUGCUGAAGGGUUAAGUGAUGCUAAAGAAACUCAAACAUUUGUGAAAGAAUUCACAAAGUCUCCAUCAGAUGUUGCCGUAAAGAAGAUUAAAGAACACAUUGAGACUCUGGGUCAUGUGACGCUCAACAUAGGAGUAACUGGAAAUACAGGAGCAGGAAAGUCCUCCUUUGUGAACGCCAUACGGGGUCUGAGCGCAGAUGAUGAGGGAGCAGCAGAAACAGGAGUGACGGAGACCACGCAGACACCGACACCAUACCCACAUCCCACAAUGCCAAAUGUCAUCAUAUGGGAUCUGCCAGGUAUUGGCUCUCCCAAAUUCAAAGCAAACACGUAUCUGUCUGAUGUCCAUUUCGAACGUUACGACUUCUUCAUCAUCCUCAGCUCAGAGAGAUUCAAAGAGAAUGACAUUAGCCUGGCCAAAGCCAUCAUGAAGAAGAAACGACUGUUUUAUGUCAUUCGUUCAAAGAUCGACAACGACAUCAAUGCAGAAAAAAAGAAACGAGACUUCAACAAGGAAACAAUGUUAUCUAAAAUCAGAGAGGACCUUAAGAGGAACUUGAAAAGUGUUGGAGACCCAAAGGUUUUUCUGAUAUCCUCCUUUAAUAUCAAUGAUUAUGAUUUCAACAAGUUUCUUGACACUCUGGAGAAAGAACUCCCAGAAACAAAGAUGCAUGCCCUUGUCCUUUCUAUACCCGUCUACUCCUUAGAGGCAUUGCAGAGGAAGAAGAAACAUCUACAGAAGAUGAUCUGGCUCACAGCCUUUGGCUCAGGUGCAAUAGCUACGGUGCCUGUCCCAGGUCUUACAUUGGCAUGUGAUUAUGGAAUCAUCAUGUCAUUUCUAGAAAGAGUUUUUAAAUCUUUUGGGCUCGAUGAUAGCUCUUUGCAGAGGCUCGCAGCACGAGUGCAACUGGACGUGAUGGCAUUAAAAGCUGAAAUUACAUCAAGGUUUCGUGGUGGAGUCACACAUGAAACGAUGAAGUCUUUGCUCGCCACGCCUUCAAUGGCCUCCCUCAUGACCCUCAAGGGGCUCAUGAGUGGGGCAGUGCCAUUGGGACAGCUACCAGCUGGGGCCAUGUCUGUAGGUAUCUUGCACUAUCUGCUUAACAAAGGCCUCAAGGAGAUGGAGAAGGAUGCCAAGUCUGUUCUGGAAAAAGCACAACUGCACUAAGUGGAGAUUCAUCUCAACACAAAUCCAGGGGGAACCCAUGGGUAUAUAUAAUCAAGGCUACAUUUUACUGUAUAUAAAAAUGCCUCCAAGCAAAGGGCACUGGAAGAAUUUGUGUUGUGGACUGGAAUAGUUUUGACAUUCUCUCUGAAGAGAAAAACUUCUUACGUGAAAGUGAAUAUGUGAUCAUACUGUAAAUGCUUAAUAUUUGCAUCAGUUAAAUUGUUAAUCAAGUUACAGUUUGUAUCAUGUCACGGUUUGUAAUCCAAUUAGCUGUAACAUGUUUCAAUAUACGCGUACGCUGCCAACUGCCCUGUGAAUUAUACAAGGACACACAAAUAUACAGUAUAGAAUUAUCUCCCACUUGAUCCCUUUGGCAUAAAGAGCAGGUGAUAAGGGUUUCACAGCUAAGAGAUGACUGUACUCUGGCUAAGCUUCAACAACUUAAGCCUGCCUUACACUGACAAGAUUUGGGAAAGAUUCUUGAAAGAUUUUAGUCUUUUGAGUAAAGCUUGAAUGAGGGGUAUUAGUUAAAAGACUACAAUCUUUCAAGAAUCUUUCCCAAAUCUUGUCACUGUAAGGUAGGAAUUAGUUCACAUAGGGUUAAUACCCCACCCAGUGGCUGGUAAGUUGACCAAAUUCACCUGCCAGUCAGUAGGCCUACACAAAUUCACGAGAAUUUGGCUGGUGGCGGGUGCUAAUUUCCAUCCCUGCCGCACUCUACAUAUCUGUCUAUAUUGUUCAUACAUGUGUAAUGGGUGGCCCAGUAAAUCUAUUUGCUUUUAAGACUGCAAGUUUUCUCUUUCCUGCUUGUAUUGUACUAACCCUUUCGUAUGGAAUGAUUACAAAAACAAUUUACUACAAUUUCCAUUUAAAUUCAAUUGGUGGGUAUAUGAUGAACUAUACAGUACAUCUGCAGAUCUAAUAUUGGAUCAAAUGACGCUAGUAUUCAAUUUCUAUGCAUAUAAUAUCGACCAUAUUGUUAAAGAUACGCUGCAGCAUUAGAAGGAAGGGAAGCACUUACAUAAAUAAAUCAAUUACAUUUUAUUGAGACGUAGUAAGAUUAAUCUGACAAUGUGAAGCACUACAAAUAUUUUCAAUUUCAAACAAACUUUCAAAUGAUGUGUAAUAUGACUAUACUACAUAACAAUCUGAUGUAUUAAAAUGAUCUAGAAUGUUGGUGUUUUGGCUUCUCAUUUUUAGUACAUGUUUCUGUUCUUGAUGUGUACCUCAAGAUAUUAAAACAUUCUGACACA